CGAUAUUUUGUUUAAGUAAUAACCUAGAAAAAAAAAACUUUAAAAUCUUUUCUUUACAUAUUUUUUUUUUUUAAUUAGAGAUUUAAAAUAAAUCAAUAUGCAUAGAAUAUCUUUAGAUUUUAUGAACGAUAUGUCGAAAAUAAUUCUUAAAAGUAGUCUGGCUUACGUAGUCGACAAGAAAAAUUAUGUGACAGCUGUUAAAGAGGAAAACGCGAUGCCUACAACAAAAGAGGAAGUUAACCAACUUAUUGCAUCUCAUAGCAUUGUGAUAUUUUCUAAAACAAGUUGUCCAUUUUGCAAAAUGGCUAAACAAGUAUUUCAUAAUUUGCAAAAAGAAUAUACUGCUAUCGAACUGAAUGAAAGGAAUGAUGGAGAUGAAAUUCAAAGUAUAUUAGGAGAAAUGACUGGAGCUAGAACAGUACCUAGAGUAUUUGUAAAUGGAGUAUGCUUAGGAGGUGGAACAGACGUGAAGAAACUUUACGAAACAGGAGAAUUACAAAAAAUGUUUUAACAGAUUACUUCUGUUGCUUAUAUUCUUACCCUUAUUAUUUAUAUUAUAAUUUUAUAUACUCAUAUUAUUGUUAAUUUUAUUAAAUAAAUAAAAAGAAAUAACAAAAAA